AUGCAGACCCAAGACAUCAAGCAGUGCAGGCUGACCAAGCUAGACGCUGUAAAAUACGUCGAGCUUGGAACAUCAGGUGGACAUCAUGUGGCUUGCUCGCCGAAUGCUGCCUAUUCCAUCCAUCGAUGCUCCCUAACUAUUACCGAAUCCGGUGAAGAAGGCAACUGGAAUUUUGCAGUCUCUGUUUGGUUGUCGUAUCGACUUGCAGAUUCCGGCGAUCGUCUCGCCAGACACAGUGCUCGCCUAUCAAAUGCCGCUAUAAAGCACGCUUCUACAUUCGCACCCAACGAGCGUUUCCACUUUUGUCAUUCCGCAUUGAAUUUGUUUCCUAUUUACGCCUCCGCUUCUGACACUGCCACCCGGCAUGCAUCUCCAUCACAACCUGGGAGGGAGAAGCUCCGGUCGUUUCCAAUUACGUAUAAGCCCUCCUUGCUGGAGCACGCACGUGACUUUCCUUGCUUUCAAGUGCCUGGGUGGGUUGGUAUCAUCUCGUCAGUGCUUAUGAAACUCCACUUCUGUAAAUUCACAAGCUUCAUGGAGCAAUCCAAGCACACUCCUGUCCCUCCGGUUACAGUUUCGGCUCAAGUUCUGGACUUAAAUUCUUCACCACCUCAGAGAGCGCCAGAUUCAGUUCAUCGCGCGAACUGGCAUCGAGAAGUCAAAGCAUGUCGCCCAUUGCACGAAUAUCUGGCCACAGGCCAGAACCUCGACAUCUUGUCCUCUUUAGAAAUGGUUAAAACCAUCACACGCGACUACCUUUAUCAACAGGAAAGCGUCGCCCUUCAAUCCCCGGAGUGUGAUGCGCUAUUGAAUCUUUUGAUCCGGGAGCACGCCUUUGCCGAUCAUUCACAGAGAGAUAUUGCCGUGGCAUCAUGCCUCCAUGUGCUCUCUAUUUCAGCAGCCCAUAGACACUUUACCUAUUGCCUCCAAAACAAUGUGCAGAGAUACAUCAGGCUCCUAGUCCUAGCUCAACGGAUCAAUACCGACUUCCUGCCACCCGAUACGAUAUCUUUUGUUCAAUCUUUAAGCUGGUUGACAUCUGGAAAUGGGUCCCCUUUAGAAGAUCUCCAGAAUUUCCGCCAAGUUAUCGAGAAAAUAGGAACGACGGAUGUUUGGGAGUUGACACCAGUUACAAUGGUUCAAAAACUUCUGACGAACACAGACUGCAGCUCUCGAAUACAAGGCCAUGUCCAAGAUCUCCUCCAAAGUCAUCGUUACCUCAGCGCAAUCAAAGCUCUAGCUUGGCUGAAGUCCGUUCAAAGCUUUCCUAAUAACCAGGACGCCGGUGCUAUGCUGGACGAAGUUCUCCCUGGCUGGCAUUACCUCCGCUUGUGGGAGCCAAAGAUAUCCCGCAUUACUCAGUUCGAACAAGGCAAUUUCAGCGAACAGCAGAGCCAAAAACUUGUUCAUAUCCUUACCCUAGAAGGACCAGAUACAAUUACAUGGCAAAAGCCGUCUCUUGCCAAGGUCGAUCUGGGACACCGCCAGAAUCCAGCUUGUCGAUUAAGCUCAACAGAAGCUGAAUGUAUUCUGGAUCUCCUUUACAGUUGCCAGCGCUUGGGCACAAAUGCGAUUGAUCUAUUCAUCUGCCUCUGUGUGGAUGACACCCUCGAAGAAUAUGAAUUUGGCCCGGACUUUGUGAAGGAUGCAAUCGCAAUUGGAGACGAUAUUUGCUGCCUCAAUGCCCGAAUUCUUAUAGAGGGGGCACAAGAUGGGGUCACUGUGAGCCAGCGGUUGAGCAGUUUCACAAAAGCGUUGCCUGCCGUGAAGAGCCUCGGCCCUCACUGGUUUGAUCGGCCGCCUUUGAUCCAAGCAUUCGGCAGGGUUGAAACUACGAUGUCGAAAGCGCAGGAAGCCUUCCACAAAUCUUUGGAAACUGGAUCGGGAAGACAUAUGGGAAUGCUAAUCCACGGCUAUGGAGACGCUAUUCUGAAGGCACCUUUCGUCCACGUGACCUUAUCUGGUCAGUUUCUCUCAAAGCUACGGCAAUUUCCUACCCGCGACACUCUCAUGGCUGUUUUCGAACGCAUUAGAAAGAGCUCUAGUCAGAUUCCAAUCGAAAAUUGCCGGUUCAAGUCAUACUUAGCAUCAGCAUUGGGGGGAAGACUAUUGGUUUUAGACCAUUCUAUUACUAUGGCGGCUAUACAAAACGAGAUAAAGUUCUGGAAACAUCCACCCGACACAGCGAGAAAGGAUCUAGCACGUGCUCUAGAGAAGGUUAAAACCGUGCGUUACUCCCUUUACACGUCCUGGCUUCUAGUCAUUCUGCGCGAGGACGAUCAAUUUAUAGGCGAAGUGAAGCAUAUCAUGAUGGGUGAAAUGGAGCAACGCGUUUUGCGGCUGGCAAACUACUUAGCCAUUCGGCGAAAAUUCAAUCAAAUGCGGGACGAAACAUGGCUUCUUCUCUUUGCUUCUCUCAUCGAGGAUCGAGGGCCGACUUACCUACAGAAAAUGGCCGAUUCAAUGCCGGUGACGGGCUUCGAAGAGCUGAUCUCUAACCUGUCCAAACUUGUGGAGUCAGUUCGCGGAAGCCUUCCUCAAUUUGGAGCAGGGCUGACCCAGGAGCAGCUUGACUGGUGGGAGACGUUAUCUCAAAGAAGAGAUGCCCUUCAAACGCUUUUCGGAAACCGAGGCCAAACGAUGAAUCCAAAGUGGUUAUACUUUCCGCCUUCUCCACGCAAGAUAAUUGGACUACUAGACGCUCUAGGAGCUGCCAAUACAUCCCAUUCUAUCUAUACUCAAGUGUUACCGUUCCUCUCGCAAAACGGAGAUAAUAUCCUGGACUUGUGCGAUUGCAUAGAAUCACUCAAGACGACAUCCGCUUUCGGUCAGGACAUAUUUAAACGCCAAAUCACGCGGUACCAAAAUAAGGGAGACAAGAAAUUGCCCGGAGGCAUUCUUAAGGCCAUCAUUCAAAUAUGGACUCGAGAAGGUAGUCAACUUACUUCUCCCGACCGACUCGCUUUGGCCUUCCUUGAGAAGCUGCUACAGUUGCCAACCUCGUUCCCACCUUCAGCCCUACACACGCUGAGACAACUCUUUGAGGCAGACCACAAUGAAUUGAUGGAACGAGCAAGGAGCCUGGAAAAAUUGCGCUUGCAGUUACAUCAGUCCAAUUCAAAUCGGGUUGCCGCCAUCCUCAGGCGCCUUCAGAUAGAAAACACCAGCCCUGGUCGUGCAACGCAGGGAAAUAUCCCAGAAGAGAUUGCAGAUGCUGUGGAGGCUAUUGGUGAGGAAGAGUACGAGAUUUCGUUCCCACUUACAGGGCUCAAUGAUGUUCAACGCGCUGCUAAAGGGAUAUCACCAAAUUCUCGUCUUUUGCUUGUUCGACUCUCGAUUAGAAGCGGUACUAGAGCCAAUGGACCAACCUUUUGCAUUCACUUUUCACCUAAUGAAGAAGGUGGACACACACAUGGCCCUUGGGCCAUCAAAGACGCGACGUUGCCCAACGGCGCGAUAUGCACGACUCGCCCAACGCUUUUUACAUAUCAUCUGGGCCGAAUCAUCCAUAAAAUGCUGUCAACAUCACCAAUUCGCCUUCCAGCUAUCUACUCUUGCGUAGCAAGUCUAGUCUCUUCUGCGCCAGACACAUGUCUGGUAUGCACGCAAGGCAUGGGUAUUCGGCUCUGGAAGCCAUCCGCUUGUUCUCGAAAUUGCUCUCUCGUGCUCCGAGCUGCACCAUUGGAGGUCCGACUUCAUAACAUGUUAAUCAACCCAAAAGCGAUCGACCUCCUCCUCACCUCCAUCUAUGCAGCUUCAUCAGAGUCCCAGUCGAUGCAAUUGCUUCCCUACUGCCCCGUGGCGCUCCCGAGUAUCAAGGCCGUUAUUGACUCCAUGCCAAUGUUAGACGGCCUACAGACGGCAAGCGAUCUACGUACAGCUAUACGGGGAAGUGAUACUUAUGGUAAAAAUAGGGAGGACCUUCUAUCUUGGCUUUGUAUGAGAUUCAGGGGAUUCAUGCUGUCCGUUCCAGAUGGGUUCAAGGUUCCCAGCCUCGGGGUAAACACUGAGCAAUUCCUAAUCGUGAAUUCCAAUCACGAAAGGGAAAAGGGAUUUAAUGCACAUUACACAUCUGGCGGAGGAAGUACAGUCGUAUUCCAUGGUACACGCGCUUCGAGAUUAUUCCCUAUCCUAAUCGACGGCCUUCGGAUCGCUAGAAAUGGAAAUCUGAGGCUUAAUGGUGCUGCUUACGGCGAAGGAAUUUACUGUGGAAACGACAUGCAAACAUCAUGGGGUUUCUCUGGUACCACAGGACAAAGCUGGCGCAAUAGCACGCUCAAGAAUAUGAACGUCAUGCUGGGGUGUGAGUUAGCGCCCGCAACUCCAGGCACGCAUGGCAGCAUUCACGUCGUCACAGAUGAGAAUCGCCUGUUGGGGCGAUAUGUGUUUCUAUUGCCACAGACAUUUCGGCCUCCGAUUCGCAGUCAUGUCGAGCCUGCGAUGAUGACGGGUUUUGCAAAGUUGAGGUCGGGACUACAGGCAUAG